AUGGAUUCUGAGUUGGUAGUACACAAUGGUGGGUGCCAUUGCAAAAGAGUAAGAUGGCGAGUGCGAGCACCAUCGAGCGUUGUUGCCUGGGUGUGUAACUGUUCCGACUGCUCCAUGAGAGGGAACACUCACUUCAUUGUCCCUUCUGAAAAGUUCGAGCUUCUUGGAGAUUCUGAGCAGUUCCUCACAACUUAUACGUUUGGUACUCAUACCGCAAAACAUACUUUCUGCAAAGUUUGUGGCAUUACAUCCUUCUACAUUCCGCGAUCAAAUCCAGAUGGAACAGCGGUUACAUUCAGGUGUGUAGAUCCCGGCACCCUAUCCCAUGUCGAGAUCAAAUAUUUUAAUGGAAAUAAUUGGGAGAACUCGUAUAAAGAAACCGGCAUUGCAUCAUGCUCAAAAGUGAAAGAAGGUUCAUAA